AAAUCUAUGUAUGAGACGCCAGAGCGUAAGCGCAGGGUGGAGGGUGGAACUUGAAAGCAACUGUCAUAUUAUAUUCUCUUUUCCAAGAUAAACAGUUUGGAAAUGAGCACGCUGCAACACAGGCAUGUGGUAGUCCACCAAAUACAGGCUAAAUGACAAGAUUUCUAUGCAAACAAUUGCAUAGAUUUUCAGAUUUUUAACUCAACAUUGGGACCAGAGUUGACCCAUAGCUGAGGAGAUAUACCCAUUGAAUAUUUAACCUUCAGGUGCUCAACCCAAGAAAACGGCACCAGUUAACACUACAAGCCAUACUCAGCUAUGGUUUUGGUUCUGCAUUCUGUAAUUGCAAUGCAUGCAGUUAUCGAGUUUCGAAAAUUCCCUGUACAAUGAGACCGUUGGAUUCAGUUGAUUUUGGUAUUUACAGUUAAUUGGAUUUUAAUGAACGGAAAAAAGAUGUUAUGAUUCCUCGACCAUUCAGAGCUCGGUUUUAUAUGAAGGAAAAAGGCCCUGGUAUGUGAGGGCUGUGGAAAUAUCCACAAGUGUUAAAAGAUUAGAGCUGGCAAAGGAAGGGCACUUGUGUAAGCUUUGGUGAAGCAAUGGGAUCCCUUGAACAUCAGCAUGGACAUGAUAAUGAUAAUGGCAAGAACAAUGGUUGUAAUAGCUUUGAGUUUCCCAAGGGCAGUGGGGGUGGCGGUGGAAGUGGGGAUAGGUCAUUUCACCCCAGGCCAGUUCUAGGGCCGCUUUCCAAGCCAGCCCCUUCCAAAUGGGAUGAUGCCCAGAAAUGGUUGGUCAGUCUGUCUGCAGGUGGAAGAGGAGAUCAUGGUUAUGUCAAGAGUAAAUCCAAGGCCUCUCGUGUACCCAGAAAUGUUAGCUUUCGCUCUCUGUAUGGCAAGACCUCUGUAUCCAAGCCUUCAGAACCCUUGUUUGGCAAUUGCAGUAUUCCUCCACCUGUAGAUGAAGAAGUGGGCUUUAAUCAGGAUGAGGGAGAGACCAAGAAGAUAGAUUGUGAAAAUGAAAAGACAUCAGAGCGGACUGAUAGGCCCGUUGCAGAUCCAGUCAAUGAGCAUACCAAUGUAUCCUACAUUCCACCAGCUUCAACUGUGAGAUCAGUUUCCAUGAGGGACAUGGGAACGGAAAUGACUCCUAUUGCCAGCCAAGAGCCCUCAAGAACAGGAACACCACUCAGAGCUACAACACCUUCUAUUAGGAGUCCUGUUACUUCCAGGCCAUCUACUCCGGGAAGGUCUGCAGCAGAAAUUUAUGAGCCAGGGCUGACAGAUCAUGGCAAGACCAGAAGAGAAAUAAUGGCUUUGGGUGCACAGUUAGGGAAGUCAAAUAUCAUAGCAUGGGCCAGCAAAGAGGAAGAAGAGCAGGAUGCUUCUAAAUCACUCAACACUAAUGGUAUGCAACGGGUGAACAUAAAUGUUUAUGACGCCCGGGCUGCAGAAUGGGAGCAGGCAGAACGUGCUGAAUACAUGGCCAGGUAUAAGCGUGAAGAAGUUAAAAUAGAAGCCUGGGAAAAUACUCAAAAAAUGAAAGCAGAAGCUGAAUCAGGGAGAAUAGAGGUCAAAGUUGAAAGAAUGAAAUGUCAUGCUCACAAAAGACUAAUGAAGAAGUUGGCAAAAGUGCGGCGCAAAGCUGAAGAGAAACGUUUAGCUGCAGAAGCCAAGGCAGCUAAAGAGGCUGUCAAAAUAGCAGAACGAGCUAAUUCCAUUCGUCAAACUGGACAUAUUCCUUCCUCUUUCUUUACUUGUAAAUUCAUCUCUUGUAAUUCCUCUGCCAUGCUUUAUGACUGCUGUCCCUAGUUCACCCUGUCUCUGAUAUCAGAUUUUAUAUGUUCGUAUCAGUUCCCUCAUCCUCAUUAUUUGCUUUCUACAACGCUCCUUUAUCCUAUUUGUGGAGGAUAUUUCCUAUAAUUCUCUUUGAAGGAUGUGUUCACAUUUCUCUUUGAAGCCAUGCAUGCUUUAAGGAGUAGGUCAUAAUAGGUUUGAAUACAGGGGGCUAGUGUUGUUCCUUCACCUUGCUGAAAAAUAUCCAAAGCAAAUGGGAAUAGAAUCCCGUUGUGGGCUUUCACAGGGGGAGGUCUCCAUACACCAGAUUGGUGUCUUGCUUGGCGUUGACCUCAAAAACUAGCACUACCAUUAUCUGUAUAAUCAAUUCUCUCUAUGUGCAUAUCAUGGGCAUGGGUCUUAGAGGCCUGACAUGUGUACAUUGCAUCAAUAAGUAUUUAUGCUCUUACCUUA